AUGUUGUUGCGAAAUUUGAAACCGCCUAAACUGUGCAAUGGGACCAGGCUUAAAGUCAAAGCUUUACAUCGCAAUAUAGUAGAAGUCACAAUUUUAACAGGAUGUGCAAAAGAGGAAACUGUGUUUGUACCACGAAUCCCUUUAAUUCCGAAUGAUCAUCCGUUCGAAUUUAAACGAUUAAAGUUUCCCCUGAAAGUCAGUUUUGCAAUGACUAUAAACAAUUCUCAAGGCCAAACUCUUAAAUUUGCAGGAAUAGAUUUGCGAGAAAACUGUUUUUCACAUGGGCAGUUCUACGUAGCUUGCUCACGCAUAAGCUCACCCAAUAGCUUGGUGAUUUUGUCGCCUACUAAUAGAUCAGUGAAGAACAUUGUCUUCAAAGAAGUUUUGUAG